UGACUCACAGGCAGGAAGGCUUGAGCUGUGUUUGAAUGCGGCUCAAAGACAACUCCCACUUGAUAUCCACAGCAGUUUCAUUCCAUCGUUCCAUAGUUUUUAUGCCCAUAUUUCCAGAGCCAGCCAUCAAGAAAUGGCCCAAUUACUACCUGCAGUAGCCCAGGAAGAUUUGGAUAACUUUACCUUGACCAGGACAGGCUCAGGCUUCGCACUCAAAGCCUUUCACAUUCGUUGGAGCACUCACAUCUCAGUGAAGGUGCUGAGCAGCCAGGAUGUUACAGAGAGGGAGUGGAAGUUCCUACUUCAGGAUAUAGCAAAUGUCAGGCACUGUAAGUCUGAACGCCUCCUGCCUUCUCUUGGGAUUUAUCAGUACCAUGGACUUUUAGGGAUAGUGACAGAAUGGAUGCGCAAUGGAUCCCUCCACUCACUCAUCCAUGAGCAUCAACUGUACCCAGAACUUCCAUUUCCCUUACUCAUAAGGAUCCUGUCGGAUGUGGCUGAAGGGCUGCGUUACCUUCACAGCCUCAAGCCUGCUCUCUGCCACUGCAGCCUGAAACCUUCUGAUGUGCUUUUGGACACGCAGUACAGAGCCAAGAUAUCUGAUUAUGGUCUAACCAACUGGAGGAAACAGCAACUGAGGUCAGACCUGCAGAACUGCAACUGGAGAACCUGCCAGGAUUUAGUAUACCUCCCUCCUGAAAUACUCGAAGGAGGCCUUCCUUCCCAGGAAGGUGAUAUUUACAGUUUUGGAAUACUGUGUUGGGAGAGCCUAAGCAGACGGAAACCUUUUGAAGGUCAGACAACCCUGCUGGAAGUUUUGAUGGGAAUCUGCAGCAGUUUGCGGCCUGGCAUUUCAGAGAAGUUUAUACCAAGCAAUCUGCCCAAGAGGAAUAGAUUGUUGCACCUUAUCGCUCUGUGCUGGCAUCAAGAACCGAAAUACAGACUGUGUACUACAGAAUGUGCAGACCUUCUAAAUGGAAUUUUGGCUAGUAUAAAUAAGGAGGCAAUUUCCACUGCAAUCUACAAUCUGAUGGAUGCAAAGGAGAGAGCACUUAAUGCAUACAAAGGUUCAGAAAUAUACACAUUGCAGACAGGCAUAUGCAAUUCAGAGGUCACCUGUCGACAAAAAACUAACCACUUAAUCAGCAAGAAAAUUCCUUUUGUAGUGCCAAGCUUAUCAACUAUCCUACUUGCUCACAGUGCAAAUAAUACAGGAAGAGAUAAUAUUCUUGAUAUGGGUCUGUCAAAUCCUAUCCCACAAAGCACAACAAAGACAGAUCACCAGGGCUUUGACAGUAGAAAAUCAAGUUCCUUUUGCACGAUUCCUUUAUCUGGUUCAACUGCAGACAAAGAAAGCAGUCAGCAUAGGGAACCACCACUGGCUCAUAAGUACAGACCACAAACUGAACAAGUACUGACAGAUCCUUGCAGCAAAGGAAACUGCUGUCAAAUCCUAGCUUGCCAGAGACAGACCAUACUGAGCUGCAUGACAGAAGGACGCCUUAACCACAUCCUCGAUGUCCUUCGCUCACAGCAAAUAUUGUCCCGAAUUGACUAUGAGACAAUUACCUCUUACCCCACAGUGACUGGCCGAGCUCGGGCAUCGUUGGACACUUGCCUGUGUCUUGGAGAAAGGGCAGCCCAGAUUGUAGUGACUGUGCUUUCCAUGACCAGAAGCAGUCCUCUAGGACGAGGCAGCCGUUGCCCAGACUGUCCUUCUAAGGUAAAUAAGCUGCUGUUAUGACCUAUUUUUUUUUUUUGCAAUUUCUUACAUGGAUCAGAGCACUGGUAAUUUGGAAUAUCAACGAUUCACAUUAAUUCCUCCUAACCCACUGACUGAAGUCAAUCCUUCCUACAGCCCGUGAUUUUAGGCCUCUAGUGGAAAAAGCUAGUUGGAUUAAAAGGUCGAGUCAACCGCUGCCUGCAGAAAUUACCAAGACUGGUGUAACAAAUUCUGAUUUGGACCUCGGAGAUAGGAGGAGUGCAAUGUGUGCCAGUGCAAAUACAGUUCAAGGCAGAUGACACCUUAUUUCUUUGGGAUUUUUAGAAGGGAGGAAUAUGGAUCAUGACUUUUUUGAUUUCACGCUUUGGAAGAAUGGCUGUUACUAAAUCCUUCCAAAUAAGGACAGCAAACAACAGGGUACCGUAGGAGGUAAAAAAAAAAAUUACUGCUUUUCACUAAGCUCAUAUCUGAGCCAGCUGUUAGAGUGAAAGGCUUAAGAGAGGAGAAAUAUUUCUUCAAUGGAGUCUUAAGUAAGACUUGGAAAGCUUAUAUUAUGCAUAUAAAUUAUUUUCACACAUAAAAGUUCAUAUCCUCUCAAAAUGGAGCACUGAUUGCAGCACUUUGGAGAGGUGGGGCAUAAAUUUAUUUAUUACAUGGAAAAAUGUUAAUACCUUAUGUCUAUGUAGUUCUCUAACUAUCUUUGCAGUUCAAAUGGUAAAAUUUAACAGAAGAGGUGCCAAGCCGAUAAUUUUGAAAUGGUGGUUCUGCUGAACUGUAAGGGAAAGUAGAAAGAUUAUUUUAAUUAUGAUGAAAAUGAGAUUAUAUAAAAUGCUGGGAUUUUGAAGGCACAGUCAGAUUCCUUCACACUUCAUGGCACUGGAUUCACAUGAUAACUUGUAGUAUAAUCUAGAAGUAUUUCAAAUGCAGAACCACAUUACUCUAUUUCCCUAUGUCACAUUUCUUCUCUGCAGUUUCAAACUUCUGAUUGAAUUCAGUAGUUUGGCAAGUUGCAAUUUUAUAAACAGUGAUGUUGUUUUCUAGGCACAUCUAAGAUUUAAGAAAUUUGUUACAUCACAUAUUACAAUGCUGCUGGAACCAUAAAUAUAUAUAUUUUGUUUUACAUAAAUUUAUUAAGCUUUAAGACUGCCUUCACAGAAUCACAGAAUCACAGAAUCACAAGGUUGGAAAGGACCCAUUGGAUCAUCGAGUCCAACCGUUCCUAACACUCCCUAAACCAUGUCCCUAAGUACUUCAUCCACCCGUUCCUUAAACACCUCCAGGGAAGGCGACUCGACCACCUCCCUGGGCAGCCUGUUCCAGUACCCAAUGACUCUUACUGUGAAGAAUUUCUUUCUGAUAUCCAACCUGAACCUCCCCUGACGGAGCUUCAGGCCAUUCCCUCUAGUCCUGUCCCCUGUCACUUGGGAGAAGAGGCCAGCUCCCUCCUCUCCACAACCUCCUUUCAGGUAGUUGUAGAGAGAGGUAGCCUUGAGGUAAUAUAUUGUUACAAUUAAAAGCAAUGUCUCACAGAAUGUGUUGAAAAUAGUUUUGCCUAUUAAAGGAGCUAAAUAUCUACUUUGCUGCUGAAUUUUCUUUAAUCUGCACUUUAAAUGGGACCUUUCAAUAGACAAGAUCAAUCUCUGCUGAAAAAGGAUGUCUUGUUUGUGAGGAAAAGAACUGCUGUCACAGUGUUUUGCCUGUUUAGAAGGCAUGAAAUAGAGUAAAACAGAUAAUCAUUCACCUGUGGGAAAUAUUAACAGACUUUUAAGAGGGAAACUGGCAAUAUUGUUGAAACUUAAUUAUCAGCUUUCAAAAAUUAUUCCAUUCAGUUGUUCUGCUGGAAACUUGAUCCUUUAGUGAGAGAUGUGCCAGCUGGCAGGCUAUGCUGAUUUUUGUCAGUAUGUUUUUGACAUAGAAACAGUUUUGUCACUUUUCUUGAAACUGCUGCCUACUGGAGGAGGAUGCCAGCCCUAGUCUUAACUGUUCAUUACAGAACUCGCAUCAAAUUGGUGCGAGCACCAAUAGGCUGUGACCUUAGAGUUAGAACUAUUCCUAUCUUGCUUACUCAAAUUUUUAAAAGAGAACCCAUGAAGACAGUUUGCAACCAAUUACAAAACAAAGACAAAUUUGUAUUUUGUGUUCAAAAAAGCCUAAAUAGAAUUCUUUAAAUAUGUUAUUUAAUAAUUAACUCUAUCCACAAUCAGAUUUUUGCCACCUUGCUUAGACGAAAUCAAUGCGUGAGUUUGAGAUGUUUUGUAUUGUCAUAACAAGUUAUGCUACUACCAAAGCCUUGUUAUAAACACACUUAAGUUGAUGUAGUCACAUGCAUAGACUUCCUCAUAACUGUCCCAUUUGUAAUAUAAAUAUUUAAAUUUUGGAGUGGUUUGACAGUUGCAGCUGUUGGGAGUCUUGUGGUAUUUUGAAAGGUAGUUUAGUGAAACAAGACUGCUAUUGCUGAAAAGUUUUGAUAAAAACAGACUAGUGGCCUGACCCAAGCAUAAUUUUGCUUUGUCUCACUAAAAAUACAUACUCUUAUAAAGCCUGUAAUGGGUUGGCUAUUGAACAAAGACAUUCAUGUGUUCAUCACUGAUGUGAAACAGCAUAAGCUUUAAGCAGUUUGCUAUUCUGCUUGUAACCAAGCUGGUCCGUUAGCUUUCUACUAUCCUUGCCUCUGCUCUGCAGUUCUCUUGAUAUCACGGAACAAUAUAGAAUAAAGGACACUGAGCAAGAGUAUAGCUAGAAGAAUCAAACUGUUCUUUAGUAUCUACAGAAAGAAGCAAGGCUCGAACCUGAAGUAUGUCUAGAGUCCCAGGAAGGAAAAAUAAAACAUGGGUGACUGGAAAACAGCAAAGGGAAUAAGAAGUCACUUCAGGACUGAACAUACAAAGUGAUCAGCAAAACUUUGUCUUGCAGUUGCUCAGAAAAGGCAAAAGUAGAAUUAACAGUUGUUAAAAAUGAAGUUAUAUUAAAUUUCAAUAAAGCUAUUCAGAUUUAUUAAAGGAAUAGUAAGUGGAGCAGGCUAUUUUUCUGACUUGAUGGUAAUAUAUUUUUCUUCUUGACGCUGGUUGCAGCUAUCUUUUGCUGAUUUGUAAAAAGAUGACUGUCCCUUGCCCUUUCUCCUCUCUAUACAACACCUUUAUCUUCGCUGGGAUACUUCCUGCAAUGUAAGAACAUCUGCACUAGAAUUUGUUUGAGGCUAAUUUGGGGAAAACUAAUCUGAAGUACUGGAAUUAACAUCUAAAAGAUUAGUCCUUCCAGCAGAAAGCUAAACAGACAAGGCUAUAAAUAAUGCUCAGGAGUUAUCACCAGUGCCUGCUGAAAACAGAGUUCCAGAGAACAACAGAGAAAAACAAGUGCAUAUCCACAAAAUGCUAAUCUACAAAUUUUUUUAAAAUACGUUACUGUGCUACUCAUGUACACAGAAAAAUUUACACCAGGCAGGUAGUCUAAAAUGUAUAAAAAAUAAAGCACUAACCAAACUAAACCUUGAGAAUUUUUAUUUUAUGGUUUCAAGUCUGAAUUCUAUACUACCUUGUUAACGUUUUCAUGCUUGCAGAGGUUUAGUCACUUGAGUUAUCCAUGUGAAGAUUUAAACCAUUGUUUUCCAUUCUCCUUUGGCAAUGCUUUAGCUGGAAAACAGCAUUCAGCUCUAAGCAUGGACUGAGGAGAGCCCAGAAGAGAGAGGAACACUGAUAAGCAGUGAGGAAACUUGACAUGUAAGGACAAGUUGAUAAAAUUGUAUUUGUUUGGUCUAGCAAGCAGGAGGUGAAGGGAUGACAUGAGUCUGGAACAGAGGUAAAGAACAUGCAGUAAUGAAACAGUGAACCUGGGACCAAUUUGUAAUGUUCAUGGAAAGCUUGUUUUUCUACCUGACCAAGAGCUGUUUUGUUGACAAAAUUAUUAUAACAAAAACAGUGAUGCUAAGCCUUUUCCCUCAGCUGGAACAGAGCUAAUAUGAAUUAAAGAGCCCCAGAGAUUAUUUCUACCCACUAUAGCAUUCCUGUGAAUUGUAAAAAGAAAAGAAGGCACUCUUACAUUGUUGCUUCACUGCAGAUUAUGGUUGGUUAUCUUAUCUCCAAUGCAAGGAAAGCCUUUUCCAUCUUUAUCAAAAGGCAAUCUUUAUCAAGCAAGAUCUCUGUCAAUCUCUUAAAUGUUUGCUGAGAGACACUAAAAUGUCAUCUUUUUCAUAUAGAAAAAUUUAUUAAAAAUAUUUAAGAUUCCCUGAACUUUCUCUUCUCUUGUGCCUUUUGUCUGUUUUUGAAAUGCUUUGUGCCAAUAUAUUUUUCUCCCUGUUUUUGCA